GCCAGCAGAUCAUCCACAGCGGCCACUUCAUGGUGUCGUCGCCGCACCGCGAGCACCCGCCCAAGAAGGGCUACGAUUUCGACACGGUCAACAAGCAGACGUGCCAGACCUACAGCUUCGGCAAGACCAGCUCCUGCCACCUGUCCAUCGACGCCUCGCUCACCAAGCUCUUCGAGUGCAUGACCCUGGCCUACAGUGGGAAGUUGGUGUCGCCCAAGUGGAAGAAUUUCAAGGGCCUGAAGCUGCAGUGGAGGGACAAGAUCCGGCUCAACAACGCCAUCUGGCGGGCGUGGUACAUGCAGUAUCUGGAGAAGCGCAAGAACCCUGUGUGCCACUUUGUCACCCCACUGGACGGCUCUGUGGAAGUAGACGAGCACCGCCGACCGGAGGCCAUCACCACGGAGGGCAAGUACUGGAAGAGCCGCAUCGAGAUCGUGAUCAGGGAGUACCACAAGUGGAGAACCUACUUCAAGAAAAGGCUCCAGCAGCACAAGGAUGAGGACCUCUCCAGUCUGGCCCAGGACGAUGACAUGCUCUACUGGCACAAGCAUGGGGACGGCUGGAAGACCCCAGUCCCCAUGGAGGAGGACCCGCUGCUGGACACGGACAUGCUCAUGUCAGAGUUCAGCGACACCCUCUUCUCCACCCUUUCUUCACACCAGCCCGUGGCCUGGCCCAACCCGCGGGAAAUAGCACAUCUGGGGAAUGCGGACAUGAUCCAGCCGGGGCUGAUCCCCUUGCAGCCCAACCUGGACUUCAUGGACACGUUCGAGCCUUUCCAGGACCUCUUCUCUGCCAGCCGCUCCAUCUUCGGCUCCAUGCCGCCUGUGCCUGCCUCAGCGCCUGCACCGGAUCCCAGCAGCCCACCUGCUCAGGAGAGCAUCCUGCCGGCCGCCACGCUGCCCUCCGUGAGCCUCCCCGACAGCCUCAUCGCCCCCUCCGCGGGCCCCUCCCUCGAGCCCGCGGCCGGCCCGGCCUGUGACCGCACUUCGCAGGCCGGGGACCCCUUCCUGCAGCCCUCGGACUUUGCUCCCUCAGAGCCGCCACUGGGUGUCCCACAGCCCUUUCUCCCCGUUUUCCCCAUGCCCUUGCUGCCCCCCAGCCCCGCCCAGGCCCCCGGCCCGCCCGUGUUACCCUCAGUGCCCCCUCCCGGCCCUGCCUUGACGCCCCCGGCGCUGCCUGCCUUCCCGCAGCUGCCGAGGUUUGCGGGGGUCAGCAAGCCCCCCCCUGUCAUCACCCACACAGCCUCUGCCACCCUCACCCAUGCCGCCGCCGCCACCACCUUCAGCCAGAGCCAGGGCCUCGUGAUCACGGCCCACCACCCUCCGCCCUCGCCAUCCCCCUGUGCCCUUGCACUGUCACCGGUCCCCCAGCCCCCAGCCGUCGGGUCUCCCCAGACUCGUCUGACUUUCGUACACCCCAAACCUGUGUCCUUGACUGGAGGGAGACCUAAGCAGCCCCUCAAAAUAGUGCCUGCCCCCAAGCCUGAGCCCGUGUCCUUGGUGUUGAAGAGCACACGCCUGGCCCCAGCUGCCUUCCCAGGCCAGCCACAAGCAGUGAUCAUGACAUCCGGCCCUCUCAAGAGAGAAGGGAUGCUGGCGUCCACGGUAUCCCAGCCUGGCGUGGUCAUCGCCCCUGCUGCCAUGCCCAGGGCUCCCGGAGUCACCGAAUUCCACAGUGGCAUCCUGGUGACAGACCUCAGCCACAGCGCGGGUGGCCAGCCGGCCCCCGUCUCCCGGCUCUUCUCCCCAGGCAUGGUGCAGGACUCGCUGGUGAAGGUGGAGCAGGCCCCACUUCGAGGGGGCAGCCCGCAGGUCCCUGCCGCAGGGCCCGGUCGCGAUGGCCCGAACUCAGGCCAGGCCUCUCCGUGUGCAUCGGAGCAAAGCCCCAGUCCUCAGUCUCCCCAGAACAACUGCUCAGGGAAAUCCACAAACCCCAAAAACAUGGCUGCACUAAAGAACCAGCAGCUGAAGCACAUCUCAGCUGAGCAGAAGCGACGCUUUAACAUCAAGAUGGGCUUCAGCACCCUCAAUAGUCUGAUCUCCAACAACUCCAAGCCGAGCAGCCACGCCAUCACACUGCAGAAGACCAUGGAGUACAUCGCCAAGCUGCAGCAGGAGCGGGGCCAGAUGCAGGAGGAGGCCCGGCGGCUGCGGGAGGAGAUCGAGGAGCUCAACGCCACCAUCAUCUCCUGCCAGAAGCUCCUUCCCGCCACCGGGGUCUCCGUCACCCCGCGCCAGGUCGAUCACUUGAGAGACAUGUUCGAGGAAUACGUGAAGAGCCGGACCCUGCAGAACUGGAAGUUCUGGAUUUUUAGCAUCAUCAUCAAGCCGCUCUUCGAGUCCUUCAAGGGCAUGGUGUCCACCAGCAGCCUGGAGGAGCUGCACCACACGGCGCUGUCCUGGCUGGACCAGCACUGCUCCCUGCCGGUCCUCAGGCCGAUGGUGCUGAGCACCCUCCGGCAGCUGAGCACCACCACCUCCAUCCUGACGGACCCGUCCCAGCUGCCGGAGCAGGCGUCCGAGGCUGUCACCAGGGGUGGCCCGCGAUCGGGGGAGUCCUAGCUGUGUGGCUGGUACGCGGCCGCGAGAGGCUCGAGAGCCCCCUUCCCGACGCCCAGCCUCAGGUCUCCUCACCUCGUGGCUGCAAGCUGUCGGGAUCCACACUCAGGUCUGAAGUGGGCCGAAGCCUGCCUGCAGCAGCGGCCUCCACGGGGCCCCCCUGUGACCUCACGCAGCGACCUCAGCCGCCGCCCUCCCUCCCUGCAGGGAAGUGUGGCCCUGUUCUGUCCUGCUGGUGGCCUGUGGGGCCAGGCCAGGGAGGGAGCUAUGGGACAGAGAAAGAGCCUGCUCCUGCGGGCGGGACAUCCGGGGUCCCUCUCAGUCCCGUUCUGAGACUCACAAACUUGUCCCUGUCACGUCUGUAUCCUCCGGGCCCGCCUGGUGCCACUGCACACGCUCUGGCUCUGAGGGCCAACUGGAGACGUCUUCCACACUCCCAGGCCCAACAGCGCAACUGCGGGGGACCUGGACCCCUGGCUCGGCCUCGCCAGAGCCGCAGGGCCGAGCCUCCCGUCAGCCCCCGGCACUCGCCCCUCCCCUGGAGCGGAAGGUGCGUCCGCCUGCCUGCGCGCCUUCCCGGCCGGCUUGCUGCUGCGCUUUACCCCAGCUGGUGCUGCCUGGCCGCGGCGCAGGCCGCCUCCUCCCUCCCCGCAGAGGCCCCGUAGCCCUGGCCCCACGCGGCAGCCGUGGGAAGGACAGCCUGCUCUGGGGGCAGGCCCGCCUCGGUCCUGGCCUGGAAGGUCACACUCCGUGCUGCCACUGCCGGCCUGGUUGCCUCAUCCGUUUCCUCCAGCGGGAGCCCCAGACCGAGGCCUGGGUUUUCGGAUCAGAGAUGCCACCGCGCUGACAGGCAGGACCUCAGGCACCCAGGUCAGACGGUGCAGCCUGCACUGGGGACAGCCUGGGCGUGCACGCCACAGGGGGCGCAGAAAGGGCAGGAGGACCUGCUCGCCCUGGCCGCUUUCGCCCGUCGCUGCAGGUGGCAGGUGCACGCUCUGCACUCAGGGAGCCCAGCCAAGGGCGCCUCCUCCGUCCUGCUGUGACGGCCCCAGCAGCCGGCCAGCUUGCCUCCACUCGCCGUGGCCUCGCCACCUCUCGGCGCCUCCUGCCUGAGCUCAGCAUCCUGAGGGAGCCGUGUGAAGAGGGGCCCAGGCUGCCCAGAGCUCCGGUCCAGAGCCCCACUGGCUCGGGAGGCCCCAGCGCUGAGGCCUGCGUGGGCUGCCGGCUCCCCCGCACCCUGCUGAUGGAGAACAGGAAGGCAGGGUGGCAUCCCCGGGCCACCAGCAGUGCCACCAUGUCCACCUUGGCCCGUCUCCACUUCUGCCCCAUGUGGGAGCAGCUUGGUGGCACCCCUCAGCCACCCCUAAACGUGUUUACAGGCUGAGGGGUGCACACGGUGUGGGCCCUGGGAAAUGGCCGUAGAGUGGAUCCCUUACCCCGGGACGAACGUGAAGCCCCCUUUCAGCAGGUCAAGGCCACUGUGAUCAGAGAGGCCCAGUAGGGUGAGAAGGAAAACCAAAUGUCGCUGAGGGCCUGAGGCCAGGGCUUCCCACCCCUGUGCCUUGUGACGUGCAGACGACGCGGCAGCCACUGGCCAGGGCUCUCCUGACGAUGGCUUUCUCCCUGCCUCGCGUGGAGAGACUGUUGCUUAAACUCCAUGGGAUAUAAAAUUGGCCUGUUGCUUCUUUGGCCUACCUCUCCCUUUUGCUGA